AUGCCAUCUGUAAUAAUUGACAAGAAAAUUACUUAUAGCAGGUUCGGCGGUCUUUAUCGUAAACUUAAUAAUGCUAGUGCUAUAAAGAGAGCUAGAUCAUCAUGUUCACAUCAAAACUAUACAACAACCGAUAUUAAAAAUUUUUGUCAUGAAUAUUAUAAAGAUUAUGAUAAUUUUUCAAUGAUUUAUUGGGAUGAUUUAUUGGAUUUUACAUUUAUAAGAAAUCAUAUUAGAGUUAUUAAUCGUGGUCAUGAUUUUAAUCUUGAAACUUUAAAAAAUCUAUUUGGAAAAAAUAUUUAUUAUUUUAAAGAAACAAAACGUUAUGGAUUUCAAUAUUUUGAUAUGAUUAAUACUACUAGAUCAUUAGGUAAUAAAUUUGAUGAUAAAUUUUUUAUUUCUGAAUUUCAAUCUAGAAAUGAAAAAUUAUUACAUUUUGGAUCAUUACAUGGGUCUUCAAGGAUAAUCUUAGAUGACAACAAAAAUAAAGAUUUUUUGAAUAAAGUAAAGAAGAAUUUAAAAUUUAAUCAUCCAAAAUUGAUACUUUGUAUUAAAAGAAUUAUCAAAGAAUUAGGAGGUUUAAAAAAUUAUAUUGGUGUUCAUAUAAGAACCGGUGAGACAACCAUUGAUGAUAAAAUGUUUAGAGAUAUAUUUAAUAAUACAACUGAUACAAUAUUUGAACAAGUAAAUUAUUACUUUUUAAAUGGAAAAUUUGAUAAUAUGAAAUGUUUAGAAUCAAAACGUCCCGUAAUUUAUUUAGCAACAGAUGCAAAAAAUCCUAGACAAACUUUUAGAAAUUUCUAUUCAACAUUUGAACCUUGUAUUUUUUCGAUGUCGAAUUUUGAGCAUCAUUUGAAUAUUAUAAAUAAUUUAACGACGACUUAUGAUAAUUAUAAUUUAAAAAAUUUUUUUAUACCUUUGGUGGAUUUAUUGGUUAUUUCCGGUGGUGGAUACUUUGUUGGAACUAAUCUGAGUACUUUCUCGAAAGUGGCUAAAGAAAUUCAUACCUUUCAGAUAACAUAA